AUGUCGGCGUCGAACGUUCCCGACGCUGCGACGGCGGCCGCCGGGGCCGCAGCACAGCUGGCAGCACUUCAAACGGCCGUGUCCGACCUCGUCAGCCCGGUAGUCGUCGCCACCUUUCUCGCCUGCGUCCUCUACGGCGUGCUGCCGUACAUGUCGGCGACCUACUUCCUGCGCUUCGGCUCGACCGACCGCCUCGCGUUCAAGCUCCUCGUCGGGUUCCUCACCUUAUCGGCGCUCGGCGACACGAUGAACGACUGCGCGUGGGCCUGGCGGUCCACGGUCACGGCGCUCCUCGACCCUUCGGUUCUCGCGCUGGUGCCAGCUGAAUUUGUUGCGUACGCCUGCUUCACGGGCCCGAACGUCCUCAUCUGCCAGGCGUUCUUCACGUGGCGUGUUUGGGUCGUGAGCGAGAUGAAUGGCCGCCGCAACUGGUGGUUGCCGCUCUUCCUCCUCCAGCUCGAGCUCGCUGCCGCUGGCUUGGCGCGCUUCCUCGCGUACUGGGGCAGUCAGGCGACGAGCAUGGUCGAGUUCUCCGAGAUCACGACCGUCAUGUACACCUGGCUCGGCGCGAGCCUGCUGUGCGACCUGCUCAUCACCGUCGCCAUCACGUAUUACCUCCUCCUCCUCCCUCGUCGGAUCGUCGGCGACUCGGUCGCCUCCAAGCUGUCGUCCCCCGUCGGCCGCAUCGUCCUCAAAACGUUCCAGACGAACGCUGCGUCGCUCGCCAUCCAGCUCCUCGUCCUCGUCGUCAUCGUCACAAAGGGCUCGACGCUCUGGUACGCCGUCCCAGGGUACCUUGAGAGCAAGAUCUAUGUCAUUUCGGUCCUCGCAACUCUCAACGCCCGCAAGUCGACCCUGUCCAGCGACGCGACCCCUCCUAUCGACAAGAGCUACCUCUCCAAGACGACGCAGCCGGGUUCUACGACCGCGCUCGCUCGCCGGGCCCGCCAAACCGGCUCAAUGCCCGUCCACGUCCUCAAAGAGGUCCACUGCGUCGACGAGGCCGAGUCUGACUUUCACGGCUCGAAGGACCUCGAGUUCGAGUCGGCGCCGCCGUUCGCUGUGCGGUUCGAGGGCGCGCAGGCGAGUGUCGAGGGCGACAUCGAGCUGGGCAAGCGAGGCUGA